AUGUAUCGUAUUACCUUGGGUCUCGUUUUAUACCUCGCGGUGUCUGCUAACGCUGUUUUUCAAAACUGUGGUUCAAAAAUUGGAAGUUAUAUCAGCGUAAAUGUUAGUAACUGCGAUCCUGAUGCCAGUAUAUGUACAUUAACUCGUGGUAAAGACGUAUCAAUUAACAUAAAGUUCGAAUUAGAUAAAGAUAUCGAAAGAGUGAACUCUGUCGUUCAUGGAGUUAUUGGAGGUGCUCCACUGCCGUUCCCGAUCGCUCAUCCUAACGCUUGUGAGGCAUCAGGAUUAAAAUGCCCGAUGACUAAGGACGGUGGUCCGUAUGAGUACAAAACAAACUUACACGUUGAAUCCUAUUUUCCCAAGCUCAAGGUUGACGUGAAAUGGGAACUCAAGGAUGAAUUCUACAACAACAUCAUCUGUGUGUUGAUACCUUCUCAACUCAAAUAA